AUGAAUGAACAGAACAAUAGAACAGCAUUAAUGAAUGACACAACGAAGUGCCUGUUGAAGAAGAUACAAACGCAGAUUGAUAAGAUUACAUUUCUACAUACUAAUCCAACACAGUAUAGUGAAAUAAAGAAGGAGAUUGGUAAAGACAUGCAGAAAACGAUGCUUGAGAGUACAAGAAUUGUUGAAAAGAUCAUUGAGCGAAUGAACAAGGUGAAUAAACAACUGAAUCCGAUUGAAGAUGAUGUGAGUGUGGUAGGAUGUGUACGAUCACAAAUGCAGUAUUUAUAUGAAAGACGCAAAAAAGUGUUUGAUGAAGGUAAGUGUUGUGGAAUUCUGACAAGUAACAGAGUUGAUACAAUGCUUUCACACGGAAAGGCUGUAAUCAAAGGCAAGGGAAAGACGUUGAGUUAUGAAUUCAAAGAAAAGCUGAUUGGAUUUGUGCAAAAGCGAGGCAGUAUUCUAUGGGAGAAUGAGCGAGUUGAUGAAUUGGUGAAGUCACUCAUGAGUGAAUGA